UAGCCCGCGGUCGGCUCAUUCCGCCGUAAGCUCCCGCAGUGAGUGAAUGUGUAGUUUUGUCUCCUCGAAGCCGCAAACUUUACACGAGCUGCGAUAAAAUAAAUUCAAGUCUAAUAAUUCUUUUAAAAUAUUUAAAUCCAACGCCGCGUUGUAAAUCUUAUUUAAGCGCCGAGUGGUACCUACAAUCUUGUUAAAUCGUAUCCAUUAUAGGUUAUCAUUUAAUAUUUAUUUACUUGUCGGAAAUAUUGUAACUCCCAUUAAAAUUGAUAGUGACAAUUGAAGUGGACAAGCAAGUCUUGGUUUAGUGGCAUUAUUGUACUGUGAAAUUGUUUGUUGUGGAUUAAAGACACGUUCUUGGAGAGCAAUUUUCAGUGUGUUUGUUUACUUUGGCGCAAAGUGGCAUUCUUUCAGGAUAUAAUUACCGCCGUGUGAUGUCCGAGUGACGAACUCAAUAUGAUUCGUGAUCCGCCGGCCAUGCACAAACCCGACAACACCAACAGUCAACAAGAAGAUAAGUAUGCACUUAGCGGCGGCGUGGCGAACCCUGGGGGCACCCGGCUAUGCGCGCAGUGUGGGAAGGUCAUCACAGAGCGGUUCCUGCUCAAGGCGAUGGAACGAUUCUGGCACGAAGACUGUCUCAAGUGCGGUUGCUGCGACUGCCGACUAGGCGAAGUCGGCUCCAAGUUGUAUUAUAAAGCAGACCUAAUGCUUUGUAAAAGGGAUUAUCUUAGGUUAUUCGGCGCAACGGGCAACUGUGUGGCGUGCAACAAAGUCAUUCCCGCCUUCGAAAUGGUUAUGCGAGCGAAGAGUUUCGUUUACCACUUAGAAUGCUUCGCUUGUCAACAGUGCAAUCACAGGUUCUGUGUGGGCGACAGAUUCUAUCUGUGCGACAACAAGAUACUCUGCGAGUAUGAUUACGAGGAGAGGCUGGUUUUUGCAAGUAUGGCGGCCAACCCCAGCGGGCUAGCACACAUUAGACGACAAGUUAGUGGAUUACAGUCGCCGAGUAGUGCAUACGUGGGCGGGGCGGCCGGCUGUGUGGCAGGAGGGCCGGUGGGUCCUCUAGUAGAGAAAGACAACGGAGGGUGCGCUGGCGCAGACGACGCGUCCAGCGGCUACGGCAGCCCGCCCGACCCUGAUGUUUGCGAUGCUGCGCGAUGACCGAUGAUGCCUCGCCGACUACUUGCCUCGGUGAAACCUCACUGAGCUAUGGCGGUACAUGGUUAAGAGCUGUUUGCGCAUCGGAUAACCCAGACAAGAGAAGAUUAUUCAAGAUCAAUAUCGCCUAGAUAAUAAAUAUUGCGUUUCCUUCAAAAUUAUACAUCCUCUGCUUCAUUACAAGAUAUCAAACAAACAGUUCAACACUUCUAUUUUUCCAGUCUCUCAAAGUGUUAAAACAAUUUCAACGGUGCGAUUUUACUAUAGAAAAAGGUGAAAUUUUUAAAAGACUAUUAAAAUGUUAAGCGAUUACAGAAUGAGUUUAUGCAAAACCGACUAAGUGCAGUAUUAUAUCUAAGUGUUUCGAAGACACUUUGAAAGCGCCGCAGGAGUACAUUAGGCUAGAAGGCGCGCCAUGGAUGAGGCCACUUUACAAAAUGUCCGGGAUGAGUCGCGAUAACGUUGUCAGAACACGAUAUUUCCAUUAUGUAUACGAUUUGAGUCUACAUGGUAAGAUAGCGCCGCGUGGGUAGGACGCUAACCCUCUCGCGCGGGCACCGCUGUAUCCAUACAACUAAGGCUAAAGCAUACACGAUACUUUUAGCAUCGGAAAUUGGUGAUUUAAACGUUUUCCGUAGAAGCUGCGAUUACACAUAACUCCGCAUUUUCGAUAUACUUAGUGUCGGGCAAGGCACUAUGCAGCAACUGCAUGUUCAUAUAAUAAAUUAUUAUUUAUUACAUUUGGACGCGAGUCGCGAUUUCGACUGAUAUCUUGACCUUAGUUUGAUAUUGCUGUGGCUUUGCUUAGAGUGAAAACGUGACAGAUGUACCUAUGUCUCUUACAGACAUUCGUUUCGUUUUAAGUCUGACUUAAGUCUGAGUAAAAUCAAAUUACGUUCUAUAAAUCUCAGCCUUAGUUUUAGUAGGUACCUACAGGUGCUACGUUCAAGGCAAAAACGCCAAAACGAUUUGCAGUUUGAUUCAAACUGCAAAUUGUUUGAAUGAACUUGAUUUCGAUGCCGCAAUAAAUAAUUGUACCUAGUUAGUUGCUGCAGAAUAUUAAUGAUAGAGUUAAGAAAUCUCUGAUUGCCGGUACUGAAAGUGUCGUGUGUCCGUAUGUGUUGGCCCUUACAAUUCACGCUUAGCUAAUUUAGCCAGCUUACCUAUAUUUACCUACAAUAGUUUGAAACGUCGAAUAUGUACCUUAAUAUUUAAUAAUUUUGUUUAUUUUCACAUCGCAUAGCACACUGUACUACAUAAAAUCUUUCAUACAACGAGUUAGGUCCAUAGCUGAAAAUAUUAUUAUUUGAUAGAUAGAAUCGAUCUCAUUGUUAUAAAAUUCUGUGUACAUGUGUACCUAAAUAUUGUUAUCAUACAAGGUAUGAACUUUGUGGAUAUUUUUUAGUCUUUAUUUUCCACUUUAUAAAUUGGUUAAAUAUGUAUGUUAUAAUGUUACUUUGUACCAAAGAUAUUUCGUUCGGAAGUUUUUAGUCUUCACAGAUGAACUACUUGUAUAGAUUAUUAAUUAAUACCAUUUUUUGGUACUUUAAAGUGGUGCAAUGGUUGAUAGUUAAGUACCUCUGUAUUAAUAAAAUUAUAUUAAGAUAUUUUGUAAAUCGUAUUUUUUUCCUUAUUUUGCCAUAGCUUCAGUGUAUGUUGAUCGCAUAUACCUACCAAUUGUAAAAUUAAUAUUACUUGCGUGGUUUCUGAUGUUUGGCUACGUUGUUUAAAGAAUAUGUGGGAGAUAAUUCAAAGAUUUAGCUAUAUGCUUAAAUUUUUUAAUAUUAAAUAAACAUUAUUGUAAAAUAAAAAUUUUUUAUGGUUAAAAGAUGUAUUUAUGUAAAAAUUUGAACUGUCGUUAAUUAGAAUUAUUUUCUAGGAUGUAAAGUUUUCUUCAAACACGUUGUAUCAUAGAAACAACAAAUAAAACUCUCAAACAUCGACAGUUAUUUUUCAUUUUACCGUUAUUGUGUAAAUAAAUAUAUUUAUUUAAUGACU